AUGGUUACUGUUAGUCCAGCAGAUGGAGAAAGAUACUACUUAAGACUUCUUCUAAAUCAUGUUCAUGGGCCAACUUCUUUUGAUGAUAUUUUGACGGUUGCUGAUCAAAAACUGAAUUCCUUUAGAGGAGCUGCUUUAGCAUUAGGACUUUUACAAUCUGAUACUUACAUAGAUGAUUCACUCCAAGAAGCUGUGGCCUUCCAGAUGCCAUCUUCCUUAAGAUUGCUAUUUUCCACUCUGCUUGUUCAUUGUUCUCCAGUAAAUCCUCAGCUCCUGUGGGAAAAAUUUCACCAUGACCUCUCAACAGAUUACCAGCACCAAUGCUCAUUUUCUGUCCUUACUCCUUCAGAGAUCACAACAAGAGCGCUACAGGAUAUUAACAGAUCAUUGGAGCAGAUGGGAAAAAGAAUUACUGAUUACCAAUUAACUUCAAAUGAUUUCCAUUCUCCUUUUCAUGAACGAUUGACACAGGAGAUCGAAAGCAAAAGAGGUUUACAUGUUGCUCCAGAGGAUCUCUUACUCCCUCUCAAAUUGAACUCUGAACAGAAAAAUGCUUACGACUUGAUUCUUGCAGCAUGUUUUUCUGCUCAGGGUGAAGCUUUUUUUAUUGAUGGUCCAGAAGGGACCGGGAAAACAUUCUUAUACCGAUCGCUGCUUGCGACAUUAAGAUCGCUGGGUUACAUUGCCAUUGCUGUAGCCACUUCUGGCAUUGCAGCUUCUAUUCUUCCUGGAGGACGAACAGCGCACUCAAGAUUUAAGAUACCAUUGGACUUUUCAAAGAAUAAAGCUUGUCAACUUAGCAAACAAAGCAGUGUUGCCAAAUUGCUUUUAGAGUGUAAACUUAUCCUUUGGGAUGAAGCAUCGAUGGCUAAGCGAGAACGAUUGAGGCAUUUGAUGAUCUGCUUAAAGAUAUAA